ACAGUCUCACUGGCCAGUGGCCACUUCCAAUAAACAAUCAUUUUCAGUGAUCUACCAAAAAAAGAAAACCAUUUCCGCGCCCACCAAAAAAUCAAAAAAAUCACUCUCUUCCAUCUUUAUCGAUAAAAAAUAAAAAACCAGAUUUUUUUUCCUCCACCGCAAAGUCGCCGGAAACACACCAAAAGAAAAAAACUCGCCGGAAACAAUGGACGACGAAGAAGAGCAACAAAAGCUUCCAGAUCUAGUAAAAGCUCUCAUCCACCAUUUACUCUCUCAAAAUCUUCCCCCAAAUUCCCAACCCUUAAACCCUAAUUCCUCCCAAUUUCAAAACUCUCUCCGUUACGCUCACCGCAUUCUCACCAGCCACCUAACUCCCUCCAUUACACCCGACGCCGCCGCAAUCGCCGAAUCAAUCAAACGCCGUCUCGCCACCGAAGGUAGAUCUUCCGAAGCUCUCUCAUUCGCUGACUUAUACACCAAAUUCGCUUCAAAAGCUACCGAUGUUGAUAAUAAGUGGGCCCUACUUCAUCUCUUCAAUAUCAUAUCGCAAGAUCGAAAACCCGCUGUUAAUUCUCAAUCUCGCCUUGAUGCUUCGAUGCUUCUCCCGAAUUUAACAAUCUCCGAUAAUAAUGUUCGUCGCCGAAUUGAGAAUAAGGGAUGGGAGGAUGGUGUUGUGGUUCUUGGUAGGGAUCCAAGGAAUCGUCGCGAAGUUGCGUUUGGUGAGUAUGUGAAAUUGGUUAAGGAAGAAAAUGAUGUGACUGAGGAAGCUAUGGUGACUGAUGUGCUUUAUGCUUGUCAAGGUGUUGAUGGUAAGUAUGUGAAAUUUGAUAAUGAGAAUAAUGAUUAUGUUUUUUUGGAUUCAAUUAGAGUUUCUAGGGCUACUACUAGUAUGGUUCAUAAGCUUUGUGGAUUAGGGGUUUUGUUUAAGAGGGUUAUUGGGUAUAUAGACCAGAGUUUAGGUCGUUCUCCGGUGGAAGAUGUAGGAACUGUUGGGCAGGCUUUUUGUUCUGCUUUGCAGGAUGAGUUGAGUGAUUAUUAUAAGUUGUUGGCUGUGCUUGAAGCUCAGUCUUCGAAUCCGAUUCCUUUGUUGUCGGAAACUGUGAGUUCGGGAAACUAUCUUUCAUUGAGGAGAUUGGCUAAUUGGCUUGCUGAGCCAUUGGUGAAGAUGAGGUUGAUGGCUGAUUUGGUUGAUAAGUGUAGGGUUUUGCGGGGUGGUGCUAUGGCUGGUGCGAUUCAUUUGCACGCUAGACAUGGAGAUCCGAUGGUUCAUGAGUUUAUGAAGAGAUUGCUGCAGCGUGUGUGUUCUCCGCUUUUUGAAAUUGUGAGGAGGUGGGUUUUGGAAGGUGAGUUAGAAGAUAUAUUUUCUGAGUUUUUCAUUGUUGGGCAGCCUGUGAAAGCUGAAUCCCUUUGGAGAGAGGGAUAUAGGCUCCAUGAUGCCAUGCUUCCUUCUUUUAUUUCAGCUUCUCUUGCUCAGAGGAUUUUGAGGACUGGAAAGUCCAUAAAUUUUCUUCGUGUUUGCUGUGAGGACCGUGGUUGGGCUCGUGCUGCGACUGAAGUUGCCACUGAUACAGGGGCCACAGCUAGACGGGGUGGUUUUGGUUAUGGGGAAACAGAUACCCUUGAGUCAUUGGUUGAUGAAGCUUCAAAAAGAAUUGACAAGCAUCUAUUGGAUGUAAUUUAUGAGAGGUAUAAGUUCAAAGAACACUGUCUUGCGAUUAAGCAGUAUUUGUUGCUUGGCCAAGGUGAUUUUGUGCAAUAUCUAAUGGAUAUUGUUGGGCCUGAGCUUUCUGUGCCCGCUAACACUAUAAGCUCUUUCAAACUCGCCGGAUUGCUGGAGACUGCAAUUCGGGCGUCAAAUGCCCAGUAUGAUGACCCUGACAUUUUGGAUAGGCUCAGGGUCAAAAUGAUGCCACAUGAAAGUGGUGAUAGGGGCUGGGAUGUAUUCUCACUAGCAUAUGAUGCAAGGGUUCCACUAGAUACUGUGUUUACAGAGUCUGUGAUGGCGAGGUAUUUAAGAAUUUUUAAUUUUCUCUGGAAGCUUAAAAGAGUAGAACAUGCACUUAUUGGUGCCUGGAAGACCAUGAAACCAAACUGCAUAACUUCUAAUUCCUUUAAUAGAUUGCAAGGUGCAGUAAAGAUGCAGUUAGUUUCAGCAUUGAGGCGCUGUCAAGUUCUUUGGGUUGAAAUUAAUCACUUCAUUUCAAACUUGCAAUAUUAUAUAAUGUUUGAAGUCUUGGAGAUAUCUUGGUCAAACUUUUUAAGUGAGAUGGAGGUCGCCAAGGACCUUGACGAUCUACUUGCAGCACAUGAGAAAUAUAUGAAUUCAAUUGUAGAGAAAUCUCUCCUCGGAGAACUCUCUCAGUCCCUUUACAAGUCACUAAUAGUAAUAUUUGAUCUUAUAUUACGUUUUCGGAGUCAUGCAGAUAUUUUAUAUGAAGGUAUUCAUGAGUUGCAAGCAAGAAUCACAGAGUCCUCCCUAUCCUCUCGAGACCAGAAGAAAACACGAAAGCAAUUGAAUGAUAAAUCUGCGGAAGAAGGAUCCUGGAUUGCUGAUGGGAGGAAAGCCUUAACACAACGUGCUGGUGAAUUUCUCCGUAAAAUGGAACAAGAUCUGGAUGCAAUUUCUAAGGAGUAUUCAUCAUUGCAAGAGGAAUUCAUUUCUCAGCUGCCUGUGCAGCAACAUGUUGAUCUAAAGUUUCUCUUUUUCCGUCUUGACUUCAAUGAAUUUUAUAGACGGGUUGUGUCCUAGCAUAUAGGAAGUUUGUGAAUAUGACCAAGGAUCUUAUUGAAGCAUUGUUUACUCAAGAAGAUAAGGCAUCAACAAAGCUUUGCAAUAGCUAACUUCCAUUGUGUGUUUGAGUAGAACAACUGGUGGUGCUAACUUCCUUCGGACCAACGGCUCAAUGAGUUAUAAUUAACUAAAGGUAGUUUGUGACAGAUUUGAAGCUAUUCAUAUUCUGAUUGGAUUGGUGAUGUGAGCAAACACUUGUAAGUAUUUGAAUAUAUGAUGAUUUAGUUAGUGUCUUUGACAGCUUUCCUAGUUUUGUUAGAGAUUGUUCAUCUGUGUCAGAGAUUUUGUAUUGUUUGAAUGGAAAUGGGUGUCCAAAAAUCUAGUUUCUGUAUCCUCUUGUAUUUUUAUUUAUUUUGGUUUACCGUGUCUUCUCACUCUGCAAAAAAGGGAACCUCAACCUAGUGCUAUAGAGCUUUGCCAUAGCAGGAUUGAAGUGUAUAGGUAUAACAGUGAAUUGAAGACUCUAAGAUGGUCAAGGUAUGGCAUAUACCAAUGGGAAUUCCAUUUAUUAGAUAGAUGACAUGAAUGACUGCACAAUCACGUUAUGAACACGGCUUUUAGAAAGUUUGAAUGAAAUACCAGACACAUGUCACGUUAUGAAUGUGUUGAUGUUUUUGCAACACGGUCCAAUAUUGUUGGGAAUUUUCAUAAUUUUACGUAUGCGGUAAAUUUGAUAUCGGUUGAAUUAUUAAAUGAGGUUCAAUAUAGUUUAUGUAAUUUGAUUUUAAUUUGUGGCCUGUUUUAGAUUGAUGGAAAUGAUAUCUAGAGUCUGCUUGGCUUGCAAUGAUUGAGAUGUGUUUCUUAUGUAUAAGGAUUGGCAACAAGCCCUUUUGUCAA